AUGAGUUCGUUCCAUCGAUUUGAGGAGUACAACAAGCGGAAAUACGACUAUAACAAUCUUCUGCGAGCACUCCCUAAACUACCCGAACCAGAUGCGCUUCUGGACAAGAUAGUGGACGGUUGCCGAGACGUUAUGUAUAAGUGCGCCGUCCUGGAUCAGUUACAUGAUGAGAUCCCAUUCUUUUUCCGGACCAACGAGCCUUGGGGGGGAGUUGGAGCGAGACGCGCACCUUGUAGAGCAAAAAGCAGAAAAUUGCGAACUCCGCUUCCGCCUACUCCGCCAAACCCUCAGGACCUAUACGCCUCACCACCCAUCCUCGUCGCGACAAGGAGGAUUUCACAGGCAGCAUGGGACUCCAUGAUAGCUCAACCGCAAGUCUACUACGAUGCAGAAGGAAAGAAACACAAGUUAACGACCGAUCAGGACUCCAUGGAACCGAUCAUCGACGACCAGCUGAAAGCCAUUAAUGAGCUGUAUAUGACCAUAAGGAACAUGCGCGCGACGGCGCUUAACGAGGAAAGGGCCAUGCGCGACACUACACAGGAGACGAUGGCCAAGACUAUUUCGGCCAUACAAAGUUCACUUGAAGAAAUGUCAAGCCAGCUCACUCAUGGACAGGCACACUCGAGAGAAUGCGAGAAACAGCGAAGGUCACAAGACGUGGAUAUGGCACACGGAUCCGAUAUGGAAGUGGAGGAGCCAGAACUGUCCGCAGAUGAAGUAAAAGCGUUGGAAUACACGAGACGGACGCUGUUGGCGAAGAUUCAUGUUUUGGGGAUACGUAUCCACUCACUGGAGCAAGAAAAACCGUGUCAGAUAAGAGAGUACAUCAGCGGAGUGGACAAGAAAGAAGAAACGACGAUGCGUUGCACGUUUUGCGGACAUCGAGGAAAACACUAUAGUGACUCGUGUCCCAGGAUACGGGACAGUGCACGGAGGAAAACUCUCCUGAAGAGACAACACCGAUGUGAGAUAUGCCUUGAAGUAGGAUGCAUGGCUGAUUCAAGAUGCUCGAAAUACUGGAAUCGAUGUUUUCACUGUAACCGCAUGGGGCAUCAUUCCGCAAUAUGCGACUGGCCUGAAAAAGCGGAAAAAAUAGAAGACGAGAUUCGAGAGACCUUAGGAGAGCUGCGAAAGGCAAAAAAAGUAUCGGUGAUAUGCCGACGACUGGGCAUUAGAGAAGACCUAUGA